CCGCCUCGCGCACUGCGGGCUCGCCCUUGGCCCUACCCUAGUCAGUUUCUUAGAGCAAGCGCAGUUGCGUUUCCGCCUCUUCUUGCCUUUGGCGUACGUCAACAUGGCAGCCUCCGUUUUGCGUUCGUGGCUGAGGCUCCUUCCUAGCCUUUCGCCCUUCAGAGGUGCCUACGGAGUUCAGGUUCCUCUUCAGACUCUUUGCACCAGAAGCCCCUCUGAGGAAGAUUCUUUGUCCCCAGUUCCGAUAACGCCUUAUAAGAAUGAACCCUGGAAAUAUCUGGACUCAGAAGAAUACCAGAACCGCUAUGGCUCUCGCCCCAUCUGGGCUGACUACCGUAGAAACCACAAAGGUGGAAUACCCCCACAGCGGACUAGAAAGACAUGUAUUCGUAGAGAUAAAGUUGCUGGGAAUCCCUGUCCCAUUUGCCGGGAUCACAAGCUCCAUGUCGACUUUAGGAACGUGAAGCUCUUGGAACAGUUUGUCUGCGCCCACACAGGUGUCAUCUUCCAUGCUCCAUACACAGGGGUCUGUAUGAAGCAACACAAGAAGUUGACCCAGGCCAUCCAGAAAGCCAGAGAUCAUGGUCUCCUCAGUUACCACAUUCCUCAGGUUGAACCUCGGGACCUUGACUUCAGUACCUCUCAUGGAGCUGUGAGUGCCACUCCGCCAGCGCCCUCCCUGGUUUCAGGUGACCCCUGGUAUCCAUGGUACAGCUGGAAACAGCCACCUGAGAGAGAGUUGUCCCGCCUUCGACGGCUCUAUCAGGGCCAUCUCCGAGAAGAGAGUGGUCCCCCACCUGAAUCAGUGCCUGAGGUGCCCCUCAAAACCACAGCUGAAGCCUCCUCCACUGAGCAGAAGAGCCCCCAGAGUGCUCUGUAGGAGCUGUAGACUGGGAAGGAGUUAAGAGAUAGUGCCUAGGAAUUACAUGAUGGGAUUUCACUCUGGGGAAUUGUGUCUCUAUGGCCAAUGGCAGGCUCAGGGCCAGAGAGAAGAAAUGAUUGCUGUUGCAUGGAAUAAAUGCUUCUGAGGCUUAGGGGAGGGCAGGACAGAUGUGUAUGGGAAACCCCAGAUUCUAUAUAUUGUAAAUAAUAGGCUAAACGUUUUACUUGCUUCAGAUUUCUGUUAACUUGGCUUUUUCACAAUAAAGCUGUAUCUCCUGUUUC